GUUGAAGGUAGACAGGAUAUCCCUUUAUAUCUUCUACUGCUCGUCCUUCCGCUUUUUCUCUUUCGUUUCUAAGAUUCGCGUCUUUGUUUGGGUCAUUGGGCGCAUUUCCCGAAUCAAUUGGCCAUGGACAAAUGAAUGGAGCAACUGCCCAUUUUAUUGUAAGGUCAGAGUGCUUGCAUUUAGAAAUUAGAAGAAAUAAUCCUGUUCGUUAGUUGGAGAAUUAGAAUCUUGAGGCAUGGAAACUGAGAUGGUAGUGCAUGAAGGCGGGUGCCACUGCAAGAAUGUAAGGUGGCAAGUGAAGGCACCUAGCAGUGUUGUGGCUUGGAGUUGCAACUGCUCGAAUUGCUCUAUGAGGAGUAACACCCAUUUCAUUGUCCCUGCUGAAAGAUUUCAACUUUUGAGUGAUUCUGAGCAGUUUCUUACAACUUACAGCUUCGGUACUCAUAUAGCAAAGCACACAUUCUGUAAAGUUUGUGGGAUAACUUCGUUCUAUCAUCCACGCUCAAACCCUGAUGGGGUCGCCAUCACAUUUAGGUGUGUUGAUCCUGGAACACUCGCCCACAUUGAGAUUAAGUAUUACGACGGGCAAAAUUGGGAAGCCUCUUACAGUCAAACAGGCAUUGCGUCGCAGUCAAAAGUGCAGACUCCGCAAGAUAUGGGUUGACUUAUGUUGUGUGAUUUCGAAGUGUUAAUCAAAGUCGUCUGGCGUUUCGGCCCUGUGGGGAUUUUUACAAUGUUUAUGUGGAUUGUGGAAUGCAUCAUUCUAUGUUGGCUUCUGUCUUGUGUUGUUUUUUGUCUCCCCUUUUGUUUUGUUCUUCUGUUUCUUUUGUUUAGGCCAAACUAUAAUUUUGGUCCUUGUAAUUGUAUUGAACGUCCACUUUUGUCCUUGUAGCUUCAAAUGUUGCAAAUGAUUGUCAAAAGCUUCCGAACA